AUGAAUUUUUCCAUCAUUAUUUAUGGUUCAAAUUUGGUACUUUUAUUUUUUGGAAUUAUUUUUCAUAUAAUAUUUUUAAUACUCAUUUGUAUUAAAAUUCGUCCAUUGGCAUCAAAUGUUUUAUCGAUUCUAAUAAGUAAUAGUUAUUUGGCAUUGAUUUUAUCAUCGAUUGCUUUAUUCGAAGCAUCUUUAACUUCUUUUUUGGGUAAUCUAAAUUCUUGGAUGUUAUUUGGAACUUCUUUAUGUAAAAUUCGAGCUUAUCUAAUAAUCGUUGGUGAAUCCAGUAUGUCAUAUUCAUUACUUCUUCAAGCCUUUUUUCGAUUGUUUCGAAUUGUUUUCUAUCAAAGAAGAGCACUUCGAUCAUUUCGAGUAUUUUCUAUUGCUAUUAUUCUUCAAUGGCUCUUUGUUUUUCUUAUUAAUCUUCUGUAUAUUUUUCUAAAUGAGUUUCAAUAUAUACCUAGUGAAUAUCGAUGCGAAAUACCUGUUAAUAAUGUUAGUGGAGUAGCAAUGAGGGUAAUGUUAACAUAUAUCUUACCUGUAAAUACAAUAUUUUUAAUUUAUUUCUAUAUUAUACGAUAUGUUCGUCGAACAACAAAUGCAGUACAAACUCGACAAAAUAUAAAUAAACGAGAUAUGAUGGUUUUCAAACGAAUUAUUAUUUUAUUCAUUGUUCUACAAAUAUUAUCUACACCUUUAUUUGUAGUUUGGAUACUCUAUUUUAUUACAGGUUAUAUAUCAUCAUGGAAUUAUUAUUUCCUAGCAUUUGUUUCAUCAUUUGGUCAAUUAGUUAUGUCAUUCGUUCUUGCUUCAACAACAUCACAAAUCCGAGCAAAAUUCAAAUGGAAAUUAUGCCAAGUGCAUCCAAAUAUUGAAAUGAGAAUUCGAGAUCGCAAUACACAAGAAUCUGAUCAUCAUGAUCUCAAGGAAAAAUUUUAA